GUCUUUUAUUGAUGAAACUACGUGCACUAGCCACAGAAUUUUAGCUCUUGAUCACAAAGCUUUUGCAACAGCUGCUCAUUUCACUGUUUCUCUCGCCGAUCUCUGAAAUUUCUUCCUUUGGGUCCCCGUUGAGUAUGUCUGCAUCGACUUUUACCGCUCCGGUCAUCGGAUCAGGCUAUGUUGGCUUGCAACUGCAGCAAAUUAAGCUGUUCCCGGUAAAAGAUUCUGCAGGAUGGCGCCAGAGAACUGUCUCCAAUGGUUCUAAGACUUGCUGCAUGAAGACAUGGAAUCCAAUCAACAACAAGAAGUUUGAGACCCUUUCCUACCUCCCCCCUCUAUCGGACGAUUCAGUUGCCAAGGAGAUCGACUACAUGCUCAAGAAAGGAUGGAUCCCAUGCCUCGAAUUCGAUGAGGUGGGGUACGUGUAUAGAGAAAAUAGCAGGAUGCCAGGGUACUACGACGGGCGGUACUGGACGCUCUGGAAGCUGCCGAUGUUCGGGUGCAACGACUCCUCCCAAGUCCUUCACGAGAUCAGCGAGUGCAAGAAGGCGUACCCCAAUGCCUACAUCCGCUGCCUGGCAUUCGACAACAAGCAUCAAGUUCAGUGCAUGGCCUUUGUCAUUCAGAGACCCGCCUCAACUUGAACCGCAAGGCAUCACCUACAGGAUGCUUCAAUCGAAUAACUCUUUCGACAGUCUUGAACUUUGAGACAGAUCGCAAAGUCUGAAACCCAUGUUUUUCUUUUUCACUACUUUGAAAUGUUGGAAUGUUUGUGAUGUUUGAUGUUUCCUCUGUGUUUGCUUUUGGACGAUGAGGUGAACUUUUUAGAGUAAUAAAGGAGGGACUUCAUCUUA